CCCUGGGCGUGUCCGUCCACUUUCACUUCUGCGUAGCUGCUGCUGCUGCAAGUCUCAGACCAGACCAGACCAGGACACGAGCACGGAGACUGGGAGUGGAGCUGCAGACAUGAGUUUCUACAGGUCUGAGUCUGCUGAGGACACGAGGGACGAGCUGGAGACUCUGGGGUGGUACCAUUAUGACCUGUCCCGCCACGCUGCAGAAGCCCUUCUCUUAUCCAACGGCAAUGAUGGAAGUUAUCUGCUGAGAAACAGUAACGAGGGACAAGGCUGCUUCGCUCUGUCUGUCAGGGCCAAGGAUUCAGUGAAGCAUUUUCAUGUGACACGCAAAGACCACGGCUACGUGUUUGGGUUUAAUGAGUUUAGGACCCUCCAUGACUUUGUCAACCACUUUGCUAACCAGCCUCUGCUGGGCAGUGACACAGGAACCCUGAUUGUGCUGAAGUGUCCGUACCCCUGGCGUGUGGAGGAGCCGUCCAUCUACGAGUCAGUGCGAGUUCACACGGCCAUACAGACAGGACGCACAGAGAACGAUCUCGUGGCGAACGCACCAUCGCUGGGCACUAAGGAGGGCUACCUGGUGAAACAAGGAGCGUUCGUGAAGAACUGGAAACAGAGGUGGUUCACACUCAACAGAUAUGAGCUCAAGUACUUCAAAGACAACACGACUGAGGAGCCCAUCCGGACCCUGGAUCUGAGAGCCUGCUCUGCAGUCCAGUUUGACUACUCUCAGGACAGAGUCAACUGCUUCUGCCUGGUGUUUCCUGAGAGGACGUUUUAUCUCUGCACAAAGACGGGGGUGGAAGCAGAUGAGUGGAUCAAGAUCCUGAGGUGGAAACUGUCACAGAUACGAAAAGGUCGAUGAGACGGACAGAAGGGGCCGCCUGCGUGAAGGACGUCACGUCACCUGGAUGAUCAGUGAAGAGUAAACUUGACAGAGACGCAUUCCCCUGAGUGUACUGACCAGAGACGGGACUCCAGUUUGCUUUACGAUGGUUCUCCAGCAUGAGGAAGAUGAGCCAGCAGCUCACAUGUACAAACCUCGGACAGCUUCACUCUGUUAAUCUGCUCUGAGUUCAACCACAUGAGAUACACAGACCUUAGGGCACAACCCCUCUCUCACAAACAGCUGUCAGAUGUCACAUGACUCAGCUGCUGUCAGGUGUGUUUACGUCCAGUAUCCUGCAGGUGACCAGCAGCUAUUCUGGAAAGUGUUACAUUAAGAGUUAAAGUCUUCACCCGUAUGAACAGGAAACAUGUUGGAUGAAGUGAGCUAAGCUGUGGGAUACAACGUGAGCCAUAAUGAAGUAUAGUGAAUUAUUACUUCCUGUUUGCUGUGUAUCACUGGAUGAUCACUGUGCUGAACUGAAGAGAACUUUAACACCUUCUGGACGUACGGGGAGCUUCUGUUUUCUCUGGUUUCUGAACAGACCUAUGGAAAGUAUAAAAUGAUGUGUAUCAUUCAUGUUUGACUGAAUUAUGACUGAUUUCUGACACCGUUGAUGUCUGCUGUGAGUUGAAGUUGAUGUUUUUGGUAGAGUCUCCUGUCAGCACCUCCCUAUUUCCCAAAGAAUGUUUGUUCCUUUUAUAUUUAACAUGAACUUUUACAAUCAAGUUAUUUAAAGGACUGGAU